UUGAGUGGUCAGUGUCCAAUAUUUAUCCGGAUCCACAAUAUCCCACAAAUAAUCUCUCUGUUAUGAGUGCCUGUGUAUGAUCUGUUUCUCUCAAUGUACAAUGAAUUUGUUAAACUAUGAUGCUGUCCAUGUGUUGAAAGGAAUCCAAACACACUGUAGUUUUUAGCUCUUUCCUUCACCAGUACUUGAUUGAAAGCAAUAUGGGAAGCAGAUCCCCCAUGUGAUCACGACACUUUCACUCUCUUCUUUUACCUGUCCUUUUUGCUUUCACUCUCUCCAUAUAUGCAUAAACUAUAUCAAACACUAAUGGGCUUCCAAGAUGACCGGUGGAGGACUCGCUAUGAGAAGCUAACAAGCAUUGAUGAUGAAAAGGCAGCGAGGCCUAGAAGGCGAUGGGUGACGAAAAUGAAUGGAAAACUCAGAGGUCUUAGGCUAUCACGGUCUAGGAGGGUGAAUUGGAAGGCAUUUUCCAUAGUCAUAUUGCCAAGAAAAAUUACUGAUAUGUAUGCUGAUAUUGUCAGUAGAAUGAAGAUGGAUGAUAUAUGCCCGACAAUCGUCUUCUCUGGCCCAUGGGGACUUCCAUUUCUGUCCCAUUCCAAUGCUAAAUGCAAGAGUGCCAUCUCUCUUCAUAGGAACCUGGCUUGCUUUCAGUGACAUUGUUUCUGACAGUUUAUAUUGUUUGGGAAGUGAGGAUCCUAGUAAGUAAUGAACACUAACCACUCGAUUGUGGAUCCGACUCACGAAGGGGUAGAGAGAGCCCCCUUGCCCGAAGGUAAUGAUAUUUUUGGUAUUUCGUACUUGUGACAUAUUGCCAUUUUUUGUAUAAGUAGUUGAAGUGUGAGCGACUAUCUCUAUAUCUCUUGUAAGCUUUCUGAUCAGAGUGAAACCACAACAUCCAUGGGCAUAAACCUAGUUUUGGGGUGAACUACAUCAAACCUUAUGUUCUAUGUAUGUGUUUCUUGUA